CGCCUCGCCAUCCACCCUUCCUGUCUCCCCCUCCACCAUUGGCUGGUUCUCCCCGCUGCUGCCCCCUCACUCAUCCCUCACAGCCCCAUGUAUUCCCUCUGCCAUGACAGGAUUGUGAGUGAAACGUGAAAUGUAAAGCCGCCACACUAGGCCCACGUGAGUCAGGUGGAGAGCGGGCCUCGCCAGGUGCGCCGCGGCCCUACCUGAGCCUCGCCGCCCGAGUGAUGAGCUAAACUGCCUCGCCUCCUCCUGCACUCGCUCCAAGAUGGCCGAUCAUGGUCAUGUAUAUAUUCAGGUGAGUAGUGUGUGACUCCCCUCUCCCUCUCACUCUCCCACUCACUCCCCACUCACACCCAGAGAGACAUGGGGUUGCCAAUCAUUCAGGAGUUAACACACAAAUAUGGCCUGCCUCCUGAGCUUGGGGAUGUCACCCUGGGCCAGCGGCUGGAAGAACUUCGCGAACACAUUAGAAAAGAGAUACGAAAGGAACUCAAGAUUAAGGAAGGAGCUGAGAAUCUACGGCGCGUCACGACCGACCGGCGGGCCCUGCAGGAUGUUAGUCAUAUGGUAAAGGAGGCGAACAGCAAGUUGUCAACGCUGAAACAGGAGCUGCAGGAGGUAGAUUCUCAGAUUCUCCUCACCCAGGGCCAGGCAGGGGCUCCUCUUGACCAUCACGCCUUCACCACCAAUAUCCUCGGUCUGUGUCACAAAGCAAGACUCAAAAAUAGAGGGAAAAAAGAUCCACCACUGUCCCCGAUGGCCACCGACACGCAAGACAAGUCCCUGGAGCCCAUUUCGAUAUCCUGCGACCAGCGCCUUCUGUCCCUCGAACGACAGCUGGAGAUUGAGCAGAAGGUGAAGGCGGGCGCGGAGAACAUAAUCCAGAUGUACAGCACGGGGCCGAUGCGGGACAAGAAGCUGCUGGCGGAGGCACAACAGAUGCUGGCGGACUCCAAGGCGAAGAUCGAGUAUAUCAAGAUGAGGCGGAUGAAGGCCAAGCAGCACCAGACGGAGAACGGAUUGGACGCGGAGGGUGAUGCGGCCAACAAGUACAACCUGGAGACACCUGUGGAUGUGCGGAUCGAGGAGCUGAUCCACCGCCUACAUGUGGAGUGCCGGUGCAUGGAAGGGGCCAAGAAUGCCGUCCGAAUGCUACAGGCAAAUAAGAUGGCAGCUGAUAAGAAAUAUUUGCAGGAGGCUCAGCAGCGGCUGGACGAGAGCAGUCAUAAGCUGGACCUCAUCCGCCUCUCCCUGGAGCGGCUCCGGGGGGACCUGCCGCCUGGCUCGCUCACGGCGGGACAGGUCAAACGAGAGCUGGAGAACUCCCUCUCCGCCUCCCCGUCCCCCGCGAACUACACCAGUUUGUAUGAUAAGGAAAACUACCCCUCACGUCGCUCUCAAGCCCUCCACAGCAAGGGGGCGGCUGUGACAGGCAAGCUAGAAGUAAGACUCAUUGGGGUGCAGGACCUGCUGGAGGACGUCCCCGGGAGGUCCCGCCGAGACUCCCACUCGGGCCCCUCCGACCUGAAGGCAUUCAUGAAGGGCGUCACGGGGAAGUCCUCCAAAUCCUACUCUGUCAAGGAUGAGAUAUCAAAUGAUGUGAUGGCUGUGCUCAAGCUGGACAACAACAAGGUGGUGGGGCAGACCAGCUGGAAGCCCUGUUCUCAGUCUGCCUGGGACCAGAGGUUUAGCAUUGACCUGGAUAAGUCGCGUGACCUUGAAAUUGACAUCUACUGGAGGGACUGGCGGUCGCUUUGUGCUGUUAAAUUUCUCCGCCUAGAAGAGUUUAUCGAUGAUGUGCGGCAUGGUAUGGCGCUGCAGCUUGAACCGAAGGGCCUGCUGUUUGCUGAGAUCAAAUUCCUCAACCCGAUGAUUUCCCGCAAGCCAAAACUCCAGCGACAGAAGAAGCUAUUCAGGGAGAAGGGGAAAGUUUUGCGGCCGAACCAAAUGAAUAUCAAUGUGGCAGCUUGGGGCAGACUCAUCAAGAACAUUCAGCCCAGCCAUGACCCCCCUCACCACAAUUCCUUCUCUGGCUCCUCCUCCCUCCCCCUCGUGCCCCCCUCCGCCUCUUCUGCAACCCCCAUCACUCCAGGGCCGAGAGCCGUGCCAACCCGCCUGGACUUCGAAUCAGAGAAGACACCGGGGGAGGAGUGUGUGUGCCGCCCCCUGGCCAUGCCCGAGGUGCCUCCAUACACCCCCUCCGCUCCCCCUCUCAUAGACACACCCCCGUCCGUGCCCCCACCCCCUUCCAUCACUCAUGGCACGCCCCACCACCACCACCACAACACCGCGUACCCACCCUACCUCCCCGCCACCACCCUCACCUCCCUCACCACCCUCACCACCCCCUCCUCCACUACCUCCACCUCUGCCUCCACCACCCCUGCCCUCCAUAGUGUGUACCCUGCCCCCCAGAGCCCCACCAUCCACCCUGCACACUCCAUUACUGUUCAGGUAGCGAAGAGACCCACCUCCACCCCGCCACCUCCACCACCCCGCCCACACUCUGGCACCGUCACCAUCACCGUCCCUGCAUCACCUGUGGAGCCUGACAUAAAGAACGCGCUCAAUGAAUUCAACUUUCUGCACGAACGGGAGGUGCUGGAGCGUCAGGAGGCGGAGGAGGAGGAGGGGGAGGAGGAGGAGGAGCGAGGACCUGACCAUGGGGGUGUGGUGGGGGGCGGCGGCCAGCAGGUGGGCGGCGGCGGCAGCAGCAUGGUCGGCGGUGGGAGAACGGACACGGUAGAAGUGGAGGAAGUCCGGCCGAGGAAACUACCUCUGUCUAGAUUCGACCGUGAUAGAGACUCAGCAUACGACACGUUCCGGCCGCCAGCUUACGGAGCAAUGGGGAUGGAACAGUUCCGCCUGAUCUCUGUCCUGGGCCGCGGUCACUUCGGCAAGGUGAUCCUGGGACAGUACAAGAACACUGCGGAGUAUUUUGCCAUCAAGGCGCUCAAGAAGGGGGACAUCAUUGCCAGGGACGAGGUUGAGAGCCUGCUGGCGGAGAAGAGGAUAUUCGAGGUGGCUAAUUCUGUGCGCCAUCCCUUCCUGGUGAACCUCUUUGCCUGCUACCAAACUGAGACACACGUAUGCUUUGUCAUGGAGUACGCGGCGGGCGGCGACCUCAUGAUGCACAUCCACGCUGACGUAUUUGAUGAGCCUCGCGCCGUUUUCUACGCCGCCUGUGUCGUCCUGGGGCUGCAGUACCUCCACGACAACCGCAUCAUCUACCGCGACCUCAAGCUUGACAACCUUCUGCUCGACACGGAAGGGUACGUCAAGAUUGCCGACUUCGGGCUGUGCAAGGAGGGCAUGGGCUACGGUGACAGGACGGGGACCUUCUGUGGGACGCCCGAGUUUCUGGCGCCGGAAGUCCUCACAGAGACCUCCUACACCCGGGCCGUGGACUGGUGGGGCCUUGGCGUCCUAAUCUUUGAAAUGCUGGUCGGGGAGUCGCCGUUCCCAGGAGACGACGAGGAGGAAGUGUUUGACAGCAUAGUGAAUGACGAGGUGAGGUACCCACGUUUCCUGUCCAUUGAAGCAGUGGCCAUCAUGAGGAAGCUUCUGAGGAAACACCCCGACCGCCGCCUGGGUGCCAGCGAGAAGGAUGCGGAAGAUGUGAAGAAACAGCAGUUUUUCCGCAGCGUGUGUUGGGAUGACCUCCUCCAACGCAAGGUUAAGCCGCCCUUCGUCCCCACUGUGACUUCCCCGGAGGACGUGAGCAACUUUGACGAGGAGUUCACCCUGGAGAAGCCUGCCCUGACGCCGCCAAAGGACCCGCGCCACCUCAACGAGUCCGACCAGACACUGUUCAAGGACUUCAACUACAUGGCUGACUGGUGCUGAGCGGCAUGACGCCCCGAGACACACUCAGCGAGGGCUCCCCCGCCCCCUCCCCCUGCUGCCUGCACGCGUCCUGGCAGCCUCGCCGCCACUCCCCGGCUGGCCUGCUUUGUUUGCUCACCCGCGGAAGGCUGGAGUAGGCAGCCUGCGCGGUGACGGCGACGGUGGUGGUGACGGCGAUGGUGAUAGACCGCCCACCCCCCGUCCCCCCGCGCCCCGCCCCGGCCGCCGCCCCGCUGCCCUGCUGUGCGGCGCCCUGCAUCUCUCAGCACCAAGUCAGCGACGACCACCAUGACCACACAACAACAACAACAACAUCAACAAUUACAACAUCAACAACAGGAAUGACCGACGUCAAUGCCUCUAUUUUUCUUCGCUGUGUUUAUAUAUUUUUUUUUUUUUUUUUGCAUUUUUUUUUAUCGUUUAGGUAUCAGUUUUUUUUAAAUUUGCCAGUGUUCUUGUUAUUAGCCCAGACGUCUCCUUAUCAGUGCUGGGAUAACUCACACUCUCACUCACUUCCUCUCUGUUUAUCUCUUCCCUUUCUUUCCACAAAUUGUAUUAAGUGAUCACUUUUAUUUUUUCAUCAACCCAGCCGGCACUUAACACUGGUGGCUGUCUCUCUUUCUCCCUCUCCCUUACCUUCUACCUCUCCUUCUCUCUCUCUCUCUCUCUCUCUCUCUCUCUCUCUCUCUCUCUCUCUCUCUCUCUCUCUCUCUCUCUCUCUCUCUCUCUCUCUCUCUCUCUCUCUCUCUCUCUCUCUCUCUCUCUCUCUCUCUCUCUCGCGCUCUCGCUCUCUCUCGCGCUCUCGCUCUCUCUCGCGCUCUCGCUCUCUCUCGCGCUCUCUCUCUCUCUCUCUCUCUCUCUCUCUCUCUCUCUCUCUCUCUCUCUCUCUCUCUCUCUCUCUCUCUCUCUCUUUCUCUCUGAGCUGUGGUAAUAACCGCCCGCCCGUCCAGAUCACGCAGCCUUUCAUUGUGAUAGCCGUGGCCUUCCCAGUGCUAAACCUCCCAGUGUCUAUAUGGACGCCACAACAACAACUACAACUACAACAACUGAUGUGAUGACUUAACGAACUGUCACCUCAAUGGAACACACACAACCCCCCACCUGUUCUCACCCCAUCUCCUCCUCAUCCCCUUCUCCACCUCACCCCCUUCUCCCUCUCCACUCUUGUUUCCCACUCAUUUUUCUCCCAUUGUUCUUUACUCCUUAUCCCUCUCUUUCUCUCCCACGCCCCUUUUCUCUCACUACCCCUCACUUUUUUUUCCUCCUGUUUCCCUCAAUUGAUAAUACUCAGCCUCCCUCUUCCCCUCCCUCUUCUCGUCCAUUCCUUGUCCAGACUUACUCCUCCCCUUCCCCCAUUCCCCCAUCCCAUCCCUGACUGAAAUACAUGAAACCUUUAUAGAAGUUAUCAAGAGGCAGCUAUGAUACUCUCUCACACACACACACACACACACACACACACACACACACACACACACACACACACACACACACACACACACACACACACACACACACACACACACACACACACACACACACACACACACACACACACACACACACACACACACACACACACACACACACACACACACACACACACACACACACACACACACACACACACACACACACACACACACACACACACAGUCAUUGCCUCGUUCACCCAAAAAUAUGCAAGGAAUUGAACGAUAUAUUGUGGGAUUUAAUUAUUUUUUGUCUCUAUCUUUCCACAUCUCAAUUUUUUAAUAAGAGAUAGAGAUGAAAAAUGCAUCCCAUCACCUUUCCCCUUCCCCUUCCCUUCCCUUCCCUUCCCUCCCAUCCCCUCCCCUCCCCUCCCCUCCCCUCCCCUCCCCUCCUAUGUGCAGCUGUUCCUCUCCCCUCCCUUCCCUUCCCUUUCAUGAAAAUAAAGAAAAAUGAAGAGGAAGAAGAAAAAAGGCAACACUAAAAUAAUUUGAAAACUAUAUCAUUAAUGUGUGUGUGUGUUUGUGUAUGUGUGUGUGUGUGUGUGUGUGUGUGUGUGUGUGUGUGUGUGUGUGUGUGUGUGUGUGUGUGUGUGUGUGUGUGUGUGUGUGUGUGUGUUUCCUUUUUAAACUUUAAAAAUAAAUGCUCGGCUGAUGUAAUAUAUAUGAUAGUUUUUAAAAGGACCGAGUGUUUUGACUACUACUACUACUACUACUACUACUAUUAUUAUUAUUAUUAUUAUUAUUAUUAUUAUUAUUAUUAUUAUUAUUAUUAUUAUUAUUAUUAUUAUUAUUAUUAUUACUUAUGGGCAUAUGUAAGGCCGUUUAAAGGUCAAUUAUUUUACCUGUUGUUACAUUACGAUAAUUUCUAGGUAUUUAUUUGAUUUUUUUUUCAAGUUUAUUUUAUUUUCAUCAUUCAUUAUUAUUAUUAUUAUUAUUAUUAUUAUUAUUAUUAUUAUUAUUAUUAUUAUUAUUAUUAUUAUUAUUAUUACUGUUUUAUAUAAAUGUACAGUGAUGUUUUAAGGACAGCUUUGAUAUGUUAAUUAAUUAAUUAAUAUUAUUACUUACUCCAGUCUAUCUAUCUGUCUAUUUAUCUGUCUUAAUCUAUCUCCAUCUUUGCUUCAAUUAACUUAUUCUCUCAUUUCUCCUUUUUAUCAUGAAGUGUCUGGUUGUAAUUAGUUGUAUUAUUCUCUCUCUCUCUCUCUCUCUCUCUCUCUCUCUCUCUCUCUCUCUCUCUCUCUCUCUCUCUCUCUCUCUCUCUCUCUCUCUCUCUCUCU